AUGUCACCCCGCCGCAGGUCCUGUUCCACCACGGGUUCCGCCCAUUCGUCCGCAGAUGAGUCUGACUCAGGGGCGGCCCACCCCCAGGAGAUGGAGGUUGAGGGCACACAGGGAGGGGAGGAGGUCUUGAGGGACCCCUCCGUCGACCUUCUUCUAGGUCAAUACACCUUGAAGUUCCGAGACACAGUCGAGGAUCUUCCUGGCGAUCUUGAGGUAUUGACCACCUCCAUUGCGAAGGCCACAGACUGGGUUCUGCGGGCCACGCACCACAAUCCGCUCACCAUCGAUGGGGGCGAUGCCUUCGUGGCCCAGAUGACAUCCUUCGUGAACGCCGUCAUGGCCACCAAUUUUAGUCGUAUUCGCAGACCAGGCGAACUCGACAACUUCUCGCUCGCCUCUCUUCUCGAGGCUGAGACGUCUUCCAAGGAUGAGCCGACCAUCCACCCGGCUCCCGUAUUCAGGCCUCCUCCUCCUGCUGCCCGUGGGCCACUUGAUGAGGGUGUUGCUGGCGUAGGGGCUCCUCCCGACAUCCUCAUGCAGGCAUUGGACGACCUUGGUCGCCCGGCCUCCCUGCCUCGCAUCCCCGCUUCCAAGAAGCGUAAGGGUGUCAAUCAUCCGGUCCCACCUCCUCCUCAGAAGAAGAGCAAGGUGGCCUACUCUCGCCCUGGUCCACCUCUGCCGAUCAAUCGCGCUACCAAACCCAAGCCCUGUCCAACGACGUGGGCAGGGAUCGCACGACAGGCCGCUCCGAUGCCUCCCCCGCCUCUUGGCUUGGGACCGCAGCGUCGCGGGCCUUCUCCUCCUCCUCCCCCCGCAUUCCCAACGGGCCCGAAGAAGGCGUCUCCCCAUCAGUCCAUUCCUUCUUUCACUUCCAAGGGCCCCACCCGGAAGCAAGUUCUCGUGUCAUUCAGGGGUACCCCUCCUGAUCUCACAAAGUUCUUCACCGAGUCAGCUGUUCGUGCAGCCAACAGAUAUCUCAGGGAUGGGCAAUCUAUGCUAAAGGUCACCUCCAUCGUCCGAGCCUAUGACAGUUUGUCAUUGGUCACCCCCGCUGUUGCCAGCCCGUCCGACUUGGACAUUCUGCGCAACUUCACCCGCAAAAGCCUCCCAACGGGUACUCCGUUCGAGGUUGCCCUCCCGUCGUCGACAUCUUUUAUAAAGAUACUCGAUGUUCCUUACUUUGAUCCAAAAGGGUUAAAGAUCACCCAGGAGGCGCUUGAGAAGGCCCUCUGCACCUCGGUUCAUGCUGAGGUCUUCGCAUAUCUGAGCACCAAGCCUCGGAUCGACCGCAACUCGGCGCACUCGACAUCGUGCACCGUAUACUGCAACAUCUGGGAUUCCCAGCAAGGAACCCAUGCCAAGAAGGCUUUAGGCCAACCGAUCUUCCUCGCUGGGCGAUCCUGUGCAAUCAGGCCUGCCGCGCGUCACACCGGGGUCCCGCUAUGCCAGCGCUGCUGGACAACUCAGCAUGUGGGAUGUUGCAAGGGCAACGCGAAAGCAAAACCCCCUGUGCCGCCCACCCCUCGCAACCAGCCCUGCCCCCAUAACGGCCGCUGUGUCAAUUGCCACAAGGACCCCGCUGCCAACUCAGCAUCGUGCAAGUUCUGGGCCCUAUCGUCAUGGCCGAUCGUGGUACGUGAGCAUGCUGCUCGCCGCCAACUUACUAACCCCCGAACCUAG